UGCCACUAUGAGGUACAUGGAACCGUUAGAACCCGGUUCUGCCCCAACCGCCACCGUGAAGAGCGGCAGGGCUGCGGGAGGCCAUGCAGGACCCAAAUGAAGAUACCGAAUGGAAUGACGUAUUAAGAAAGUUUGGAAUUCUUCCUCCAAAAGAAGAGCCAAAAGAUGAAACUGAAGAUAUGGUUUUACGCUUGCAGAAGGAAGCAGAAGUGAAACCAUAUGAAAGAAUGAGCCUUGAAGAAUUAAAAGAAGCUGAAGAUGACUUUGAUGAAGCUGAUAGGAAGGCUAUUGAGAUGUACAGGCAGCAACGCUUGCAAGAAUGGAAAUGUCUUCAGAGGAGGCAAAAGUAUGGGGAGCUGAGAGAAAUCAGUGGGGAGCAGUACGUUAAGGAAGUUACAAAUGCUCCUGAGGAUGUUUGGGUCAUAAUUCAUCUUUAUCGGUCAAGCGUCCCAAUGUGCCUACUAGUCAAUGAACAUCUCAGCCUCUUAGCCAGGAAGUUUCCGGAAGCCAAAUUUAUCAAAGCCGCGGUGAACAGCUGCAUCCAGAGUUACCAUGACAGGUGUUUACCCACAAUACUCGUCUACAAAAACGGUGAAAUAAAAGCCAGGUUCAUCGGGGUGGCUGAGUGUGGCGGGAUGUAUCUUAAAGUGGAAGAGCUUGAAUGGAAGCUAGCAGAAGUUGGAGCAAUUGAAAGUGACUUAGAAGAAAACCCCAAAAAGGACAUUAUAAAUCUGAUGACAUUAUCAAUGCAAAGCAUUUCUGUUCAUGAAAACAUCAAUACAAAAGGCAGAGAUGUGCUGAAACCACUUAUUACUUGAGGAUGAGUUUUCCAUGUGGGUAACCUGCUCAGGCUCAAACCAGCACGAAUGUAGCUUUCUAUUGCUUUUGAAAGUCUGAAACAAUAAAACGGGAUUUUGUUUCGCUUGUA